AUGGCAUUUUAUCAAUGCGGAAUUGACAGGUGCCUCCUUUUAUGCCCUGGGGUCAAUACGGCUAGCUAUCUCAUUCUGUUCAUAAGUAUCUAUCUAUCUAUCUAUCUAUCUAUCUAUCUAUCUAUCUAUCUAUCUAUCUAUCUCAUUCUCGAGCUAGAUAUCUCAUUCUGUUCAUAUCUAUCUAUCUAUCUAUCUAUCUAUCUAUCUAUCUAUCUAUCUAUCUAUCUAUCUAACGUAUUUCAUCAUUCAAAAAUCUUUUCAUCUAUCUAUCUAUCUAUCUAUCUAUCUAUCUAUCUAUCUAUCGAAGGCAUUUCUCAGCAUUUUUCUUUUCUUGAUUUUAUUUUCUUUAUUCGCUGGCGUUUGAAGUUCUUUCGAAUAAUCUUUCUUGUUUCUCCUUCAUAUUUCGUUCUUUUAAUUCUUCUCCGUUUCCAAUUUCUCUUUUUCCCAUUCAGUUCUAUUUACGCACUUCCUGGACCCAUUCUUAAUGUUUGCGAGGCUAUAAUUUCUUUUUCUAAAACUAUCCAUCUAUCUAUACCACUCUCUCUCUCUCUCUCUCUCUCUCUCUUUCUUGCCUUACAUCUUGCCUUCCAAGUUUUUCCUUCGUACAUACCCCACCCCACUCCCGCAUCCCAAUUCCUUACGCCACUCCCUUCUCCCCUCAUCACGCGUCUCUUCCUGUCACCCACACCUAUCCCCAAUCCCCUCACCUUUGAGUGUAGGCCGUAUGCCUUCGGUUGGGCUGCCCGUGUCUCUAUAGCGGCUGUAAACCUUCUCGGCGAGACAGGGGAGCCUCUGUUCCUAUCUAUCUAUCUAUCUAUCUAUCUAUCUAUCUAUCUAUCUAUCUAUCUAUUAAUUGCUAUGCAAGCUGACGAACAGGAAACUGAUAAAUUAUAA